AUGACAAUUGUAAACAAUCAUACCGAUCAAACUGCCAGUUCAUUGCUUAAGAGCGAUCCCAAACUUUCGUCUGGCGAAGUAAAAGUCGAUACGAAUAAAUAUGGAAAAUUAGCAACCGAAGAAACAAUAGCAAAAACCAAGGAGGCAUUAGAAACCAAAGGUCAUCAAGUUACUGUGUUGAAUACAAGUGAAGAAGCAUAUGAAUUUUUGAAAAAAUUGAUUCCUGCAAAUGCCUCG